AUGUGCAAGAUAAAGUCACAACUCUCAAAUGUUAAAGUAGAGCCAGUGCCAAUUGAGGAAGAUGAAUUGUUAAAUAGGAAAGUUAUGAGUGCUGAUGUGAAAGAGAAUGUAAUAGACGAAAAUGAAAAUAUUCUUCCAAAGACAUCAACUGCAAGGCUAGAAGAAUUACAAGACAAGGCAGAUGAUGUCCAACUAGUUCCAUUAAAUAACUAUGAUAUUGGUUUAAUUAAGGAAUUAUUUUGCACUGCUGAACAAAUAAAAAAAUUUGUUCAUCAUGGACCCAUUGCUCACCCAACAAAAUUUCCAAAAGAUGCAUUGCCUAAAUCAUUUCCGCGCACGUUAUUUCACAUUGCCAUGCCAAAUGGCGAAAAAAUUCCACGAGAUUGGCUAACGUGGAGUGAGACGAAGAAUGCACUUUACUGUUUUCCCUACCGACUUUUCUCUAAAAUGCCAGAAACUCAUCGAUCGGCAUUAUCUCUGCCAACAGGAUAUUCCAAGCCCAAGGACAAUAAAUGGAAGAAACUUUAUGAAAAAGUUCCUCAUCAUCAAUCCAGCAGUGGGCAUAAGAUGUGUUAUGUAGAAUGGAGACGAUUAGAAGAAAAUCUCAGAGAUAAUACAACUAUCAAUUUUCUACUAAAUGAUAAUAUAAAGACAGAAGUGGAAAGGUGGAGGCAAAUACUUCGUAGAGUAUUAGAUGUUAUCUUAUUUUUGGGUGAAAGAGGUCUUGCAUUUAGAGGCGAUAGUUAUCUAAUUGGUGACCCCAAAAAUGGGAAUUUUUUGGGAAUUAUGGAACUCAUUGGUCAUUACGAUUCCAUUCUACAUGAUCAUCUCGAAAAAGUAAAAGCUUCUCAACAGAGCCAUAAGCGAAUGCAAGCACAUUAUUUGUCAAAUGAUAUCCAGAAUGAGUUUAUUCAGUGCUGUGCAGAUAAAGUCACAGAUGUGAUAUUAGAUGAGAGGGAGAAAUGCAAAUAUUUUUCAAUGUUUGUGGAUGCAACGCCUGAUACAGCUCAUAUUGAGCAAAAUGUUUUUAUUUUAAGAUACGUCUUACAAGACAAAAUUGACAGGAAAAUAUGA